AUGGCGACUUCUCUUCCGGAUAAUACCACUAUUGAUGCUCCCCCUGCUCCAGCUAUGCGUUCUGGACUUUUUGGUACGGAUGUUUUCGCAAAAGAGACACCGUCUGGAUUUGAAAGGAUCACUGAAGGAACUGCAGUUGUUUUGUUCCCACCGGCAGCUGUAAAGAAUGCGAAAAGGCAAAAGGAAGAAGAAGAAGAAGAAGAGGAAGAAAAUAAUAAUAAUAAUAAUAAUAAUAAUAAUAAUAAUAAUAAUAAUAAUGGUAAUUUAUACAUCCAUAGUGGGGAUAAUAAUAAUAAUAAUGAUGAUAAUGAUAAUGAUGGUCAGGCUGUUUUUUACAAUCCUGCACAAGUAGUAAACCGAGAUUUAAGUGUGUGUGCGUUAUCCUGUUUUUCACGUUUACGUCGAAAUGAACCGCGCCGCAAAGGCGGUACACGUGAUGGAAUUACAAUUCUUGAAGCCCUUAGCGCUACAGGACUUCGGGCUAUUCGUUAUUAUAAAGAAAUUCCAGGCGUACGGUAUAUAAUAGCCAAUGAUCUUGAUCCAGAUGCGGUGGAGUGUAUUCGUCGAAAUUGUGAGUUCAAUGGAGUUCCAUGUGUUCGACCAACAUUGGAGGAAAACUUUCCAUCUGAUAACAUUUCUGUGGAUGAGGAAAAUGGAAUCAUUUUAAGUGGAGGAGCUGUGAUUCCAAACUUGGAUGAUGCCAAUGAUUUAAUGUUUCGUCUUGCCACCAAUCCUACGGUGUAUAAUGGACGACGUUUAUGUGUUGUUUCCCAAACGACGACUUCGAGUACUAAAGGUAAUAAUAAUAAUAAUAAUAAUGGUAGUAUGGAUGUUAGCAGUAAUAGUAAUAACACGCCUAGUGUUGAGCCAUUACUUCAACAAGAAUUAGUUGAUGUUGUGGAUCUUGAUCCAUAUGGUUCAGCUUCUCCUUUUCUUGAUGCCGCGAUGCGAUGUGUAAAGGAGGGAGGACUCUUAUUGGUAACAAGCACAGAUAGUGCUAUUCUGUGUGGAAACUAUCCAGAUACAUGUCAUGUUAAAUAUAACUCUAUUCCAUCAAAGAAUGCGGCAUGUCAUGAAAUGGCUGUACGAAUUCUUCUCGCCGCUAUUGAACGUGUGGCUAACAAACACCGCAAGUAUAUUGUUCCACUACUUUCUCUUCAUAUCGACUUUUAUGUACGAUGCUUUUUCCGUGUAUAUACGCAGCCUGCAGAGGCAAAGCUUGGUCCUUGCAAAUUGGGUUACCUUCUCCAGUGUAGUCACUGUCCGGCAUAUUGGGUACGUCCAAUGGGUGUGGCUCGUAUGCGAGCCAAAAAACGGGCAAGAAAAUACGAUGCUUCUCACAAAGAAGAUUUUAUUGGAGAUAAUAAUAAUAAUAAUAAUAAUAAUAAUAAUAAUAAUAAUAAUAAUAAUAAUAGUAGUAGCGGCAAUAAUAAUAUUAAUAAUAUGAAUGAAAAUGAAACUAACUGUAAAGCUGAUGUAUUGGGUAGAGAAAGUUUUCCAUCACCACCUUCACGACAAGAGAACCCAAAAAUUACAUGUUGUAGUUUGCAGAAUAUGUUGCCCUCUGAGAAUUUCCGUUGUUGUAAUGUUUGUGGGGCAUUUGUAACCAUCUCUGGACCCAUAUACGCUGCAGCCACACAGAAUGUUUCAUUUCUCACAGAACUAUUAAAAGAAAUUGAAGAGCGAGGGAAGGCGAAACAAAUUACAUCAGAGGCUCGUGUGGCUGGUUUAGUACGUUUGGCAAUGGAAGAACUUCCAGACACUCCACUUUUUUAUCAAAUUCCAGAUAUUGCCUCCUUUGUACGGGUGCGUUGUCCACCCACACCGUUAUUCGUUGGGGCUGUGGGUCGACUGGGUUACCGGUGUAGUCAAGUGCAUUGUUCGCCCGCUGGUCUUAAGACGGAUUGCCCGGCUGCUGUGUUGGUGAGUGUGAUGCUGCAGUGGAAGGAGGAAGAGCAACACGCAGAGAAAGAGGAAAAGGAAAAGGAAAAGGAAAUUUCAAACAGUGCGGUCGUUUCUGAAGUUGGUGUUAACAAUAAUAAUAAUCAUAAUAAUAAUAGGGCUUCUCUGUUGGAAACGGAAAAUGUAAAGAAGUCUGGGGCUGUGGGGGUGCGAAUUCCAUUAGUGACUGCAAUGGCAGAAGCAGAUUUUUCAUACGACAAACAAUUUGACUUCCGCGGCUCAGUGACGGGUGUGGCGAAAUUUAUUCCCAACGCCCCCAACUGGGGACCCAAGCGACGACAUCAAGGGGCCAUGCGUGAAGAGGAAUAG